GGAGGUGGUCAUAUCAUAGUUAAAAAAAACGCGUUAAUCAUUUAAAAUGAUUAAUGAUUAUCGGAAAAUUCUUUGCCGGCAGGCACAUUUUAAUUAACUUUUGUUGCUAUAAAAUUUAAUAAAGCAUUCCUCCACUGUAUUGGUUAAGAAAGAGGAUCCUAAAAUUUUUUAAUGGUGGUAAAAAAGAAUGUGUCUAUAUCUGCGCGCGCCUGUACGGCAUUCCCUAUCACGUGAAUUUUGCCAAUAUAUUUCAUGCAUAGGAAUUUCCAUUCGUUAGUAGGCAAACCUACAAUGUCUAAUACUUCUUUACCUAGCUUUCAAGAUCUUACCAAGCCGACCGUGAAAAUACCAUGGCGUAAGAAGGGAGAGGGUGGUAAAACCUGCUCAUACAGAAAAGUAGCGCGCGGCCUCAAUCUUGAAGGAUAUUGUAAAAACAAAUCUUGUGAAGCUUACAACAAACAUCGUGUUAUCAUCAAUUGGGGUUAUAAAGAAUUCGUUUACAUGUUGAACGAACAUGAAUGUUUUUGCCCACUUUGUGGAAAAUACGUCACACCCAUUACUUGCGGCUUCACUGACACCUACUGGAAAUACAAAGGGGUUAAGAAAGUGAAAGGUGAACCCCCGGAGAAAGUAUUUUGUGGCUGGCAAUUCUCUGCUGAUGAUGGAUACACUACAUUUCUUGAUGAAGAGAUGGUAUUAUGGGAGGGUCUCACAAUAGAAGUCCUUAAAGAAAAUCCUAUAAUUUCCCUUCUUCAGAAAGAAAAAUUUUUUUAGAUAUAUGUACGUAGUUUGCUAUAUCAAAGUAUGAUACAGUUUAUAAUUGAGAAUAUUUAAAUUUCGAUGUAAUAAUUUGUACGUUAAUUUUCUUUAGCACCAAUAAUUUCUUAAAUAAAAUCGUACAUGAAAUAAAAAA